AUGGGCCCCCGGGACACCAUGCCCAACGCCACCAAGUGUUUUAAAGGGGCGCCCUUUGGGGUGCAGAGCCACAGGUUUGACGUCUCCUCUGUUUACCCCGACCGGAAGAAAUUAAGUACCUUCACAGAGGUCCCGUACUCUAGGCAUCACUCGGUGGAUGUGUCCCACAUAGGACCAGGGACCUAUCAAUCCAAGGAGACUUGCUUCAGCACGAAGAAGCUAAAGGAGAAGGUGGGCACCGGCUGGGCACAGGCCCAGGAAGCAAUGCUGCUGACCCAGGUGCCCCAUUUUCGGUACCAGACCAUCGUGAAAGAAAGAAAGCAGCAAGAGAACCAGCUGGGGCCCGGUUCCUACAACUUCAAAGACUUCCUAACGCAGCUGCAGCAGAAGCCACAGAGCAGGCGGGGGCUGCUCAGCUCCGGGGGGAUCCGCUUCCGAGGACCUGUCGGGAACUACUAUCCGGGCCCCGGGAAUUACGGGGAGAAAGGCAACCCUUACACGCGCCUGGAGCGGAACGCCUGGAACCGCUCCCAUUCCGAGGGCCUCAUGUGCAGGAUGUCCAGCAAGCCGUACCCCAUCUCUCACCAGGGGAGUGGCCUGGGACCCGGUACCUACGUCAUCAAGAGUGACAUCGAGACCUACGUGGCACGAUCUACCGGUAAACGUGGCCCUUACGACAUCUUCACCGGGGACCGAAGCAAGCCUGUGCCCUAUGGACAUUACUCCGUGCAGAAAAAGAAGCCCCGGGAACUGACGGAUUUCAAGAGCUUUGUGGAUGAGCUUAACUCACGUAACAACAAGAAGCGUGGCAUCAUCUCCAAGUUUCCCCGUGAUCCCAAAAACCCCACGGAGAGAAUUUACUGGUCUACCGUUAGCCAGUGCCCGCGAAAUCUGGCCACAUCGGGCCCUGGUUCGUGGCUUCCUCAUGAGACAGAACAGAAGCACGAGAACCGUCCACCGUUCCUCCUGAGCUCCAAGCGGUCGAGCGUUAAAGCCUACCAGAUGAUUACGGGAAGCUGGAACCCGGUCGGGGUAGGCCGCUACCUCAACACCACCCUGAUGGAGGACAAGGACACACGACAGCGGUACAGGUCCCUAUUCCUGGGCGAACCCAAGCGCUACCUCUCCAACCUGGCGCGUGACAAGCUCAUGCAGGAAAGGAUCACACCUUUUACGAAGGGCAAGUGCCACGUGUUCGUGGAUUACAGUUCAGAUCCUACUCCUUAA